AUGAAAGCGACCCUGUUAUUCUUCUAUAAGCGAAUGACGUUUGAUUUGUGGCAGAGUGCGAGAGUUCUGAAACACCUGGCCUGGUUUACGAUUUUAUCAUACCUGGUUGUGGUUGGAACGAUAAGCUUUAGCUGCAUGCCGUUUUCAGAUAAUUGGGGAGUGAGGCCCCUACCAAGUGAGAAGUGUGUUUUCAAAGCCCAAAAUUUACUGGUCUCGACAUUUCUCAAUGUUGUGACCGAUGCAGCCAUUCUUUGUCUGCCGCUGCCGGUUCUGAAGGAAAUCAGGGUACCUUUCUACAAGAAGAUAUUCAUAGCAGUACUAAUAUGCUCCGGUUUAUUCGUCAUCGCGGCCGCGAUCAUGCGAGUUGCGGUAACUUUGGGAUCAGAACCUUCAACAAUUACGGUAAACCGAUGGGGAGUCCGAGAAUGCGAAGUUGGUCUGAUUGCUGUCAACGCACCCAUUCUACGUCCUUUAUUCUCCCGGAGGUUUUGGCAGUGGCAUUACCGACCGCCGGCUCGCCCGUCAAAUCCUAUGGAAAGUGCAAGAAGGAGUCGAACAACAGUUGGCGGCCACAGACGGAGAGUCAUUAAAGAAGACUCACUUCUUGGGUGGGUGAAUUCUACUACAUCAAGAAUAGGAACCAUUGUGGGAGGGACUCUCGAUCAUGGGAACGCAGGGGACGUGGAAUUAGGGGAUGCGGCCAGUGAACAAGAGUUGGAGCCUCUUGACAAGGGUGAGGAUAAUGAGAGCCAGACUUCCCAUAUCCCCGCCAAUGACGAGACAGCGAGAGAUGAUUGA